AUGAGCAAAGCUGCUGCCAGUUCAACAAGUAGCUGUUUGGAUAUUUUAAAUGUCAAGUCAAGUCGGAUUCUGGACAUCCCGUGUAAAGUGUGUGGAGAUCGCAGUUCAGGGAAACAUUAUGGAGUUUACGCAUGUGAUGGAUGCUCAGGAUUCUUCAAAAGAAGCAUCAGAAGGAACCGAACCUACGUGUGUAAAUCUGGUACUCAGGGAGGCUGUCCAGUGGAUAAGACACACAGGAAUCAGUGUCGAGCCUGUCGCUUAAAAAAAUGUCUGGAAGUGAACAUGAAUAAAGAUGCUGUGCAGCAUGAACGUGGCCCAAGGACAUCGACCAUCAGAAAGCAAGUUGCCCUUUACUUUCGGGGCCACAAAGAGGUGAAUGGAUCCUCCUCACACUUUCCAAACUCCUCCAUCCCAGGACUGCACUUCUUUACCACAGUCACUCAGCUUGAGACUCACAGUCUGGAGUUAAACACAGUUCCGAACACACCCGAGAGGCAGGGGGUGGUGGGACUCGCCCAGCCAACUCCUAAAUAUCCUCACGAAGUAAGCGGUACACCCAUGUACCUGUACGAAGUGGCCACAGAGUCCGUAUGUGAAUCAGCAGCGCGUCUACUGUUCAUGAGCAUCAAAUGGGCCAAAAGCGUUCCUGCCUUCUCAACGCUCCCCUUACAAGAUCAGUUGAUCCUAUUAGAGGACGCCUGGAGGGAGCUGUUUGUGCUGGGAGUAGCGCAGUGGGCCAUUCCAGUCGACUCGAACACUCUGCUCGCUGUUUCAGGGAUGACCACAGAAAACACAGAGUCUCAGAGGUUAAACAAGGUGGUCUCAGAAAUUCAGGCGCUACAGGAGGUGGUGACACGUUUCCGGCAGCUUCGACUGGACGCCACAGAAUUCGCUUGCCUAAAGUGCAUCGUCACAUUCAAAGCAGUUCUGACAAGUAGCGGAUCAGAGCUGAGAAGUUUCCGGAACGCCAGUGCCAUUGCGGCACUCCAGGACGAAGCCCAGCUCACGCUUAACAGCUACAUCCACACCAGGUACCCGACUCAGCUAUGCCGCUUCGGAAAGCUGCUGCUCCUCCUGCCCGCUCUGCGUUCCAUCAGCCCAUCCAGUAUCGAAGAAGUGUUCUUCAGGAAGACCAUUGGAAACGUGCCCAUUACACGGCUCCUCUCCGACAUGUACAAAUCCAGCGACAUAUGA